CCAUGAAACUGAAACCACCGUGUAUAACACUCAGUCUCAUCAUCUCUAUCGGCACUUCGGUGAUCUGCGCAUGCCCAGCCUGAGGCAGUGCAGCACCUUAGUUGUUGCUAUCGACAGGCAGCUGCUCGGCCACCUCUCCGCGACGAAGAUGAAGAUCGCCAAGGCCCCGGUGCUCCUGAAGAAGGCGGUGACCAUGUGCAAGAGCAAGACCGGCGUGCUCGCCGCCCGGCUCCUCAUGCUCGCCUCGCUCCGACGCAGGAUGGCCACCGUCGGCGUGAUGUCUCACAAGAUACACGCGCUCAUGGUGGCCGCGGACCGGGCGAAGGCGGGAGGGGACUGCCACAAGGCUGUCGUGCCCCACAAGCUCGCGAAGACACUUCCAGCGAACUAUGGUGGUGAGAUCGUUGAUCUUACACAUGAAUUGUCACUGUUUUCUCAAGAGGAAGAUGAUGGUGGCUUCCCUGACUGGACGCUGCACCCCAUCUUCAAUGACGAUGACAAUUGUUGUUACCCCGAAGAGGACGAUGAUGUGGUUGGUGAUGUGCUACUCGAUGGGUGCGAUGGUCACCACGACGAGCCCUCGGUGAUAGAUUUAAUCAGAAGCAAUAGGGAAGUCCAAGGGUUGGAGUUCAACGUAGAGGACGAGAUCGACCAAGCUGCUGAUAUGUUCAUCAGGAGGUUCCGCGAGCGGAUGAGCAAGAGCAUUUAGUGGCCUGCUUGUGCUCAUCUAUACCAGAUUGCACGGCCGACGCUGAAGUUAUGUACGUACGUGUGCCGCUGACUAAAUUGACAUUACAUGUAGUGUGAGAAUGUGAGAUCGACGUAGUAGCUAGGGAUAGAAAUAUAACUGAUGAGGGGGGGGGGGGGUAUGAAGUAUGAACAUGUCAGGCGUUUUUUUUUUGGAGAAAAGGAAACAAAAAACGUGCUUAUUA